GUUUAUUAUGGGUUAUUUCCCGCCAUCACUGAGUGUAAACAUCUUUCCAAAGCCUGAGAUUAGCUGAUUAUUGCAACUUGGAAGGCUAAGUCACGUUAUUCUAGACAUGGCAUUACAGCCUAAACAAGGAUUACAAUUAGAUAAUGCACAAGAGAUUGGUUUUGUAAAUUUUUUUUCAAAUUUACCAGAGAAAAAUGGCACAACACUUAGAGUUUUUGACAGAACAGACUAUUACACAGUACAUGGUGAAGAUGCCUUAUUUGUUGCUAAAGAAGUUUUUAAAACAAAUGGAGUCAUCAAAUUUAUUGGAGGGUCCAAGAAAAUUGAAUCUGUUGUAAUGAGUAAGAUGAAUUUUGAGGCUUUGGCUCGAGACCUGCUUUUAGUUCGCCAGUAUAGGGUGGAAGUUUACACAAAUAAAGGCGGGGCUAAAUCUAAUGAUUGGGUCAUUGCCUUUAAGGGAUCUCCAGGCAAUCUCUGUCAGUUUGAGGAGCUUUUAUUUGGCAACACUGAAAUGUCUGUGACUGGAGGAGUUUUAGGACUUAAGAUUGCUAAUGAGAAUGGACAAGUGUAUGUUGGUAUUGGUCUUGUUGAUCCCAUUUUGAGAACUUUUACAGUCAGUGAAUUUCCAGAUAAUAACCAAUUUUGCAAUCUGGAGGCUCUCCUUGUGCAACUAGGACCAAAAGAAUGUUUGAUACCUAGUGGAGAUAUUCCAGGUGAUGCUGUGAAGUUAAGACAAAUUCUUGCCAGGAGUGGAUUACUGGUUACUGAGAGGAAAAAAAGUGAAUUCAACAACAAAGACAUAGUGCAGGACCUUAACAGGCUACUUAAAGUCAAAAAAGGAGAAAAAUCAAACAGUGCUACAUUGGAUGAAAUUGAUAAAACUAUUGCUAUGUGCUCAUUAUCAGCUGUCAUUCGAUACUUGGAGCUGUUGACUGAAGAAGACAACUUUGGUCAGUUUAAAAUUUCAACCUUUGACCUCAGCCUUUAUAUGAAAUUAGAUGCGGCUGCUGUUAAAGCGCUUAACCUUCUUCCUGUUGCCAAUGAAGCCAACAAGAAUCAGAGCCUAUUAGGCUUACUCAACAGAUGCCGCACUGCACCAGGUCAAAGACUGUUGUCUCAAUGGGUAAAACAGCCACUGAUGGAUUUAAAAAAGAUAGAGGAGCGUCUGAAUGUUGUUGAAGCAUUGAUUUCCGAUUCAGAUCUCAGACAAACUUUGUAUGAAGAUCAGUUGAGGAAAGUUCCAGACUUCCAAAGACUUGCCAAGAAGUUUCAAAGAAAAAAAGCUUCACUUCAAGAUUGCUACAGGGUGUAUCAAGCCUUAGAUAAACUUCCACUUUUGCUAGACACAUUGGGAAAAUAUGAUGGUGAUCACAAGGGAUUAAUUCAAGAACUUUUCACCAACUCUAUCAAGGAUCUCCUGGCAGAUUUCUCUAAGUUUCAAGAGAUGGUUGAGACAACUAUUGACCUUGAGCAAGUGCAGAAUCACGAAUAUGUCAUCAGAGCAGACUUUGACGAUUCACUGGCAGAUUUGCGCAAACAAAUGAAUGAAGUGGAAGAGAACAUCAGAAAUGAACUCAAUAAGGUUGCUAGAGAUCUGAAUUUAGAAGCCAACAAAACAGUCAAGCUAGAAAAUAGUAACCAACUUGGAUAUUACUUUAGAGUUACUAGAAAGGAAGAAAAGGCAUUACGGAACAACAAAAAGUAUCACACUAUUGACACCAAAAGCAACGGGGUUAGAUUCCACAACAGUGCUACCAAAAUCUACAACAAUGAAUAUCAACAGAUUCGAGAUGCUUAUAAUGAUCAGCAAAAAACUUUAGUUGUGGAAAUUAUAAACAUAGCUGCUGGUUAUGCAGAGCCCAUGAGUCUACUGAGUGACAUUCUGGCCCAACUAGAUGUGUUGGUUUCAUUUGCUGUAGUCUCUGCCUCUGCUCCAAUACCUUACAUUCGACCUACAUUACACCCGAAAGGCACAGGGCGUCUCAUUUUACAGGAGGCUAGACAUCCUUGUCUUGAAAUGCAGGAUGAUGUUUUUUACAUUCCCAAUGAUGUCACUUUUGAGAAAGAUAAACAGAUGUUUCACAUUAUCACUGGUCCUAACAUGGGAGGCAAAUCUACGUACAUUAGAUCUGUGGGAGUCUGUGUUGUCAUGGCACAGUUGGGAUGUUAUGUCCCUUGUCAGACUGCAGACAUGACUGUAGUGGACUGUAUCCUGGCCAGAGUUGGAGCUGGGGAUAUACAGAUGAAAGGAGUCUCCACCUUCAUGGCAGAAAUGUUGGAAACAGCAUCUAUACUUCGGACAGCAACUUCAGAUUCACUUAUAAUCAUUGAUGAACUUGGGCGGGGCACUUCAACAUAUGAUGGCUUUGGCCUUGCAUGGGCUAUAUCAGAACAUAUAGCGAAAACAAUCAACAGUUUCUGUCUGUUCGCAACACACUUCCAUGAACUGACAGCUUUGUCUGAUGAGAUUCCUACUGUCAAUAAUCUCCAUGUGACUGCCUUGACCACAAAUGAUACACUAACUCUUCUGUACAGAGUUAAACCAGGUGUAUGUGAUCAAAGUUUUGGUAUUCAUGUGGCUGAGUUAGCACACUUUCCUAAAAAUGUUAUAGAGGCCGCUAAAAAAGUUGCAAGUGAAUUAGAAGAUUUUCAGACCAUAGGCUUAGAAAGUUGUGGAUUGGAUGGCAAUGAUGAAGUUGCUGUGAAACGAAGAAAAUUGGCUAAAAAAGAAGGAGAAGAAAUCAUUCAAGAAUUUCUGGAGAAGGUAAAGAAUAUUCCCUAUGCAACAAUGUCUGAGGACAAAUUGAUGGAACAUUUGAAUCAACUCAAGGCUGAGGUGGAACAGAAAGAUAAUGCUUACAUUAAAGAUAUUUUAGCCAGAAGGCCCAGCUCUUAAUAUACUAAACUAUUUGUUCUGUUGUAAACAUUUCUGGGAGAUAUAACAAGAUCUGGAGAAUGACUUGUUUUUAUAACACUGAUCAUUGUUUAUACAAGUGGUGGGUAUACUUCAGGUUUCAUGAUGUGGAGUUCAUUUUUGAAAUCAUAAGUGCACACACUUACCCUUCAAACCCACAGCUCUUUAAUGAAGUGAUUGUUGAAGCUGUACUUAUAUUGAAUCUGACAUAAAAGGGGGCACUAACUCUCUGGUGACUCUUUUUUUUCUCAUCAGAACAAAUGUAAAACUUUUUUUGUUUUAAGGGUUGAGCAACUCUUGGAAUAUUUGACUCAAAAUUAUUGACAGCAUUUCUUGAGCUACAGUCCUGAGUGUACAUGACAAACUGAUUAUUGUAGGGAAAAAAGAAACAUGACAAAUGAUAGAGUUCAUGUCUAAUGAAAACUAGAAAAGCUUUGUGUAGUUAUGAUCAGUAAACCAUAAUGAGAGUAUGUAAACCAGAUCACAUAUUCCACCCUAUUGGAGUAAAAUGUUAUGAAACACUAGUGAAGUGUUCAAUCUGACUUAACAGAAUUUAAGAGAUUUUUUUUUU